UUAGAAGAGAAAUACGCAACUGAUUAACCAUGGCUUCUUCUACAUCACAUCCAUCCUUUUGGUCCCUCCUGAACCUGUCUGCAUCCAUUCCCAUUUCUUCUUCCGUAUGCAUGUUCCCACCGUCUAAAAAACCUAGCAAAGCAACAAAGCGGCGUCAUGCUUGGGAAGUAGCAUGCAAUGGUAACCCUAGAAAUAGGAGGGACAUUCUGAUCGGCCUUGGAGGACUCUAUGGUGCUACAACAAGUCUCACAAGUAACAACACUGGUUCUGCAUUUGGUGCUUCAUUGUCGCCUCCAGAUCCAACUAACUGCGUUCAACCGGACCCAGAAAAAGACCCUUUUUGCCCACCACCCCCCUUCAAAGACUACGAGCUCCCUCCACACGAUGACAAGACAUUACCCCUUCGAAUUAGACCAGCUGCUCAUUUGGUCACUGAUGAUUACAUAGCCAAGUACGAGGAAGCCGUGAGGCGCAUGCAAGCCCUUCCACCUGAUGAUCCUCGCAGUUUCAUGCAACAGGCCAAUGUCCACCGUGCCUACUGCGAUGGUCGCGGCUAUACUCAAAAGGGCUUCGCUGACUACAAGCUUGACGUUCACGGCUCCUGGAUAUUCUUUCCUUGGCACCGCUGGUAUCUCUAUUUCUAUGAGAAAAUCUUGGGGAAGAUGAUCGGUGACCCCACUUUCGCUCUUCCGUUUUGGAACUGGGACAAUCCCGCCGGCAUGAGAAUCCCUCCCAUUUUCACAGACAAAAGUUCGCCUCUCUACGACGAACACAGGAAUAGCGAUCAUGUAAAUGCUUUCAUCGACCUAGACUACAAGAGGGACGAUUCUCCUGUGAAACCUCCUCAAAUAAUUUUAUGGCCGCCAGUGGAGAAAAAGAAUAACUCGAUCGUCGACAACUUGAUCGUCAACAACUUGAUAAAAGUUUAUACGGCAGUUGCAAGCAAAACCAACUCAAGCCCAGACUACUUCCUCGGGCCAGCAUUCGAAGCUGGUUCUGCACCUCAGCAACACUUUGGAUCUCUGGAAUCUUUGCACAAUACUGUCCACAGCUGGACCGGUGAAAGAGAAAACAAUCACCACGACAUGGGGUUGUUGGCUACGGCUGCAAAAGAUCCCAUUUUCUUUGCUCACCAUUCAAACGUCGAUAGGAUGUGGAACAUAUGGAAGACAGAAUUGCUGGAUGGAAGAAGAUUUGAUCACAAAAGUGACGACUGGUUGGAAUCCAGUUUCUUCUUCUACGACGAGAACAAGAACUAUGUGCGUGUGAAGGUCAAAGACUGCCUCGACUCCAAGAAGAUGGGGUAUGAUUACCAACGAGUUGACCUUCCAUGGCUGUUGGCUGGGGAACUCAUCAAACCAAAGAAGGAGAUUAUUCUCCUUCGUUCAAAACCAGAAGCUUCAACAUUCAAGACAUUACAGCUCCCUCUCCCUCUGGAAUCCAUUGAGCGUACAAACGUGAAGAGGCCGAAGCCGCGAUCCAGGAACGAGAAUGAAGAAGAAGAAGAAGGCGUAGAAGAGGUGUUAGUGAUAGAUGUUGAGUAUGAUAGCACUGAUGGUGUGAGGUUUGAUGUGAUCAUCAACGACCAAGGCGACAAUGAGAUUGGACCCCAGGAUUCAGAGUUUGCGGGAAGCUUUGUGACUUUGCCUCACUCGCCGCAUGUCAACCAUAACAACAUAACCAGAGCUUCUUUCAAAUUGCCAUUAACGUAUAAGUUGAAAGACUUGGGAGUAACAAAAGACGAUGAUAGUAUUUCUGUCACACUGGCUCCCAUAUAUGGGGACAAGCCUGUUACAAUUAAGGACGUAAGGAUAAAGCGUGUUUAUCCUGAGGUGGACGAUGAAUAAAUCUAAAUUAUGUGUGCUACUGCUAGGGUUUGUUCCUCUAAGGGAUACUCUAUCUGUCAUUUGUUGUUUCUUAAUUAGUGUGCUGUAGUUAUUUUUCUUGGAACUUAAUAGAUCCCUUUCAUCUGUGAGGGAUACUAUGUUAUUGUUAUAAUAAAUGUUUGUUAAAUUGUUUGUUUUA